CAAACAAACUCGCACUUAGAUCAAAGUGCAUCUUUCACGUGCUGCUCUGUGCUCGACCUGUGGUUCAGGUGUGUAUAUAAAGAGCAGAGCAGCCUCCUCAUCAUCACUGCAGCAUCAGCUGAAACCUGAACAGAAUCACCACACAUCUACCAGACAGACAUUGUCAUCAUUCUUCAUCCUGCUCAACAUCUUCAUCAUGAAGGCCUUCCUGCUCCUCACCGUUUUGCUGAGCGGAGUUCUUGCCAUCACAGCAGCACCAGUUGAAGCUGAUGAAGCAGCACAAGCACCACUGGAGCUACAGGAGGAAAACCAGGUUGAAGCUGUUGAACCAGCACAAGCACCACUGGAGCUACAGGAGGAAAACCAGGUGGCAGAAAUUGAAGUUGGAGUGGCUGCUCCUGAAGAGGAAGAGCCUGAGCAGUUUGGAGAGAAGACUGUUUCAAAUAAAGGUCGUUUCUAUGCUUGCCCCACUGGUUGGGUCAGAUACAAGAGCAGCUGCUACCUGUAUGUGAGCGCUGGCAGAUCCUGGAGCAGCGCUGCGGCUUACUGCAACAGUCUGGGAGCCACCUUGGCUUCUGUCCAUGAUGUGUUUGACUACAGUUUCCUGCAGGACCUGACCAGUAGGACAGGAAGCACUGUCGCCUGGAUGGGAGGCUUCUACUUCCAGGGCUGGAGGUGGAUGGACCAGAGCACCUUCAACUACAACUUCUGGAGUACACAGCACACCGUCAGCCGCUACCAAUGCGUUCAUGUUAAUACCAGGGCUGGUUGGUCCAAUAAUAACUGCGCUAUUGCAUGGCCGUCCAUCUGCAUGACGAGAUCCUGCUAAACGUGACAGCAGGAAACAGCUGAGUUUACUGAUCUGAAUCAUAAUCUUUAGAAUGUGAUUUAGGACAUUUUGACAAAACAUUACUUGAUUUCUGGAAGAAAAAAAAACAAUCUGAAAUCUGAAUCACAGGAAUGUUAACAAGUGUUAGUGCUGUUUGCUUCAGCAGUUUGUUGAUAGCUUAAUGCUGUAUAUGAUGCUUCUCUUUCUUGUUGCCUAUCCAUACCUGUAAAGGAGUCAAGGACUUAGUAAUGACUAUUAUGUUUUUUUUUACUGUGGUAUAUGUUUUCAGAGGAAAAAUUUUGUAUAAUAAAUUUAAAAUUCAUUAAAAUUCCUGAAAAGAA